UAGUAUGCCCGAGGGCAAGGAUUCUAUUGUAGGUGAAUUUUAUGUUUCAAAACCUCGUUGGGGACAACUUCCAAUUAGAUAAAUUUGACUUUCAAUGUUAUACAUGAAUUUAUUAUAUUGAAUUUCUUAAAUUUCAAUUCCUGCUUCCUAAAUUCCUUGAUCCUCCCUUGAUUAACUAUUUAGAUUCAAGAAAAACAAUGUAUGGACCAUAUAUUAAUCAUGGUAUCCAGCAGUGGAUUUGGAUGCAGCCUUGUGCACUCACGAUGAACUAUCCUGUCUGUCCAAAAUGUUCAAAUGAGUAGAACACGUUCUUCACGUGCCAACUGGAUUCAUUUUUUCGUCCAAGGCAUGAUAUGUGUACAAUUUUCAUAAAUAGAUAGUGAUAUAUUAAUGUUACUGUGUUUGCUUGCUUUCACACUUAUUGUCCUCGCAUCAUAUGUUUAACAAUCUCAUCUAAAAACUUGAACACUUGAAAAGAAUGUAUUUAUUUAAAUCUUGCAUGAACUUAUCUCUAAUACUAUUACUUUGCUUCCAGUUUUUGAUGCAGUAAGUGAUCAGCUUGAAGAAUGCCAUGGCAGCUGAUAGUGAAGGUGGGGAAUAUGCUGGCAGGAUUACAGGGCUUGUAGUGUUAUCUUGCUUGAUUGCUGCAACUGGAGGAAUAAUCUUUGGUUAUGACCUUGGAAUUUCAGGUGGGUUGAUCUCAAUGGAAUCAUUUCUCAAGGAAUUCUUCCCAGAAGUUUACAAAAAAAUGAAGGCCGACACAAAGACAAGCAACUAUUGUAAAUUUGAUAGCCAACUGUUGACACUUUUCACUUCCUCUCUCUAUAUAGCUGGUCUUAUUGCCUCCUUCUUUUCUUCACCGGUCACUAGGUCCUUUGGCCGGAAAAUAUCAAUCUUGAUUGGUGGAACUGUAAUUCUCGCCGGUGCUGCCCUUGGUGGAGCAUCUUAUAAUAUUUACAUGCUAAUACUCGGUCGUGUUUUGCUCGGUGUUGGCCUUGGUUUUACCAAUCAGGCAGUUCCACUAUACCUUUCAGAAAUGGCACCAUCCAGAUACAGGGGAGCUUUUAACACUGGUUUUCAAAUCUUUCUUAAAAUUGGUUUUAUAAUAGCCACGAUUAUAAACUAUUGCGCUGUUAAAAUCAAAGGAGGUUGGGGGUGGCGAAUUUCGUUAGCAAUGGCUGCAGCGCCGGCUGCGAUUCUGACUUUUGGGGCGUUUUUCCUCCCUGAGACACCAAAUAGUCUAAUUCAGCAACUAAAUGAUCAUGAAAAGGCCAAGCGAAUGCUGCAAAGAAUCCGAGGCGUUGAUGAUGUCCAAGUAGAACUAGACGAUCUCAUACAUGCAAGUUAUGCUUCAAAAUGCGUCAAACAUCCAUUGAAGAAUCUCUUGCAAAGAAAAUAUAGGCCUCAGCUUGUCAUGUCAAUGGCAAUUCCAUUUUUCCAACAAGCAACAGGAAUCAAUGUGACCGGGUUCUAUGCUCCGGUACUCUUUCGAACAAUGGGUCUAGCAGAAAGUGCAUCACUACUGUCAGCAAUGCUGCUUUCAUUAGUGGGCUUAGGUUCAACGAUUGCGUCAUCUUUGAUAGUCGACAAACUUGGCAGACGAGCUUUAUUUAUCUUGGGCGGGAUUCUAAUGUUCGUUACACAAAUGUUGAUUGGAGCAAUAAUGGCAGCCAAAUUGGGGGAUCAUGGAGAAUUAAGCAAAGGGCAUGGCGUUUUGGUUUUGAUCUUCACUUGUGUAUACGUUGCUGCAUUUAGUUUGUCAUGGGGACCAUUGGGAUGGGUUGUUACAAGUGAAAUUUUUCCGCUGGAAAUAAGGUCAGUAGCACAAAGUAUUAAUGUAGCCACAAGUCUUCUUUUUACAUUCAUCAUUGCUCAAGGCUUUCUUGAUAUGCUUUGCCACAUGAAGUCAGGAAUUUUCUUCUUCUUUGGAGGAUGGGUGGCAUUAAUGACCGGAUUUGUCUACUUUUUCCUGCCAGAAACCAAGAAUAUUCCCAUCGAGAAAAUGGAGAAAAUAUGGGGGGAGCAUACUUUCUGGAAAAGAUUUGUUCCUAGUAAUCAAGAGUAUGAAAAGAGUAUGAUUGAAAGAGAAUGAAUCGUUUGAUAUUUUUGAAAAUGAGUCCAUCCUGCUAAUAUAUAUGCAUUAUAGCCCUUGUUUGAGCCCCAUUUUGGGGAGAAAAUGAAUUUUUAAAUAGUAUAUUGAUUGGAAA